CACCUCGCACGGCAGCUCCCUGCCACUUCCUGUCACAGUUAGAGACAGCAGAGGAAGGCAGACGUUGGCCUCAGUCGUCUCUUGCUCGUCGCUGGUGGCUGAACCUGCUUUGGAAGGGAAACGUCUUUCGGGGAGAGCACUUUGAGAUGGAGCUCCAGACGAGGAUUUGCGGCCUGCUGGUCCUCGCCUCCCUGUUUUCCCCAGCAGAGGCAAUUGAGUUGUACAACCCUGCGCUGUGUUACAUCCUGGACGGCUUCCUCGGCCUGUACGGACUCUUCAUCACCGGCAUGUUCAUCAGGGAGAAGUUCUUCAGAAGCAAAGCGAAGGGGACGGAGGAAAUCUACACCGAGCUGCAGGGUCAGGACUCUGGAGCCUACGCCCCGCUGGUGAGAGGAGAUCCUGAGAGAGGAAGGAACCGCAGGGUGGUAGAUGAGGAAACCUACACGGACCUGAACAAACGUGGAGAUGGAGAAUAUAAGGAGCUUCCUGUUAAAAGGGAGCGUCAGAGGAAGAACGAGCAGGUUUACCAGGGUCUGAGCACGGCCACCAAAGACACGUACGACUCCCUCCACAUGAAGCCGCUCUCCGCUCGCUAACGGCGUCCACACGCGGCCAUCCUGAAACGUGUUCCCACUUCCUGUCCGCCUCCGCAGACAAACAAACAAACAAACAAACAUCUGUUGGGACUGAUGAUUUGGCUGGAGCUCCUGUUUCGUGGUAGGGAUGAUAGCAGGCUGACAGCCCGUCUUCUCUUCAGAGGAUUCGUCUUCAAAGGUCCUUGUAGUCCUGAACGUUUCCAGAAAUUUGUGUUCAUAAAGGUUGUAGUUUUUAUUGUAGUUUCCGAGCCGGAAGGCCCGUGUUUCAUUUAGCUCAUUUACGUUAGACAAUAAAACAGGUGUGAUGUUUUGCAGCUUUAAGAUCUUAUUGUAGAAUUUAAAAAACGUGAAGAGCAAGUUUUUCUUCCUUCUUUUAAAAGUUUUGUUUUCCUUUUUGCUCGUCAGUGGCUUCGUUUUGGCGCUGUUGCUUACAUGCUGUUCUAAUUUAACCACAGUCACUCUUGUGGUCGGUAGUUAUUUUCAAAGUGUUUACAUAUAAAUAGUCAGUCUUUUGUUUUGCUCUGAUAUCUUCCUGAGAAUUCCUGCCUGAAUAUUGUGCCCUUAUGAUGAUGAUGAUGUUUGCUCUGUAAAAGCUGUUCUGAUGUUACUUCUGAUUUUAAAAUGUACAUUAAUAAAAAUGUGACAGAUGCAAAUUAAAGCAGCCAAACGGUUCAAUUGCAGCUGCUGCCACCUGGUGGACAAACACAGAAAAACAUAUUUGAUCCCGGAACAGAUUUACUGCACAGCAGAUCAUUUUCAUCAUUGCACACAUCUUUUUUUAUAACGUUGUUUAAUAUGUUGUGUCCUCCAUAUUUUUAUCAAUUUCAACCUUUCAUUUUUCUGUGUAAAAUUUCAGGAAAUUUAAUAUUGUAAUUGAGGUGUUUUUAGAUUAUUUUUGUGUCCUGCUUUAAUAAGUUAAUUUGUGGACUGGAUAAUACAAAAAUUCUCAUGAAUCCGUUAAAUUUCAUCUUAAAAGACAAAUGAAUGUCAUUUUAAAGUAAUGUGAUGUUAAUUUGUCAAUUUGACCCAUCAAAAUGUCUGUAGAAAACCAUUAAAAUUCCUCACAAGUCA